AUGACACCCACACUGUGGGCCGCUUUCGAGGGACACAUAGAAGCCCUGCGACUGCUGUGUGGGAGAGGAGGUGAACCCGACAAAGCCGAUUACUUUGGCAACACAGCACUCCACUUAGCUGCAGCUAGGGGGCACAAGGAGUGCGUGACGUUCCUAGUCAAUUUCGGCGCAAACAUAUACGCAAUCGACGUGGACGGUCAUACGGCGCAAGAACUGGCGGCGAUCAACGGUCGAGAGGAUAUACUGCGGUUCCUAGACCAGGCCACUGGCAAGCUUGAGAACAAUGAUAAAAAAAAAGCGAAAUCCCUAAAAGAGAAAGCAAGAAAAGACCACGAAAAAAUGCAAAAGCAAUACGCUAAAAGACAGAGCAAAGCAGAGGUGAUAGCUGAGAAGGAACUUAAGAAACUCACCAAAGAGUGGGAGCAGGGGUACGAGGAGGUGUCAACUAUGCCACACAGACCGAGCAAUGUGCUGAUGGCGCUGAAGCAAAAAAUGAUACGAUCCACUAGUCAAGGUAACCUGCUUGCGGAUGAGCAGCCCCGGCCCACUUACAGUGCGCUGGUCGGCACCGUGAACUCGGGGGCAAGAGGACGAGGCGCCGUGUACAAAAAGGCACUCGCCAGUAAACUGCGGAAUGGGACGGUCGGCCGAAACGAGUCCAAUAACAAUGAUGACUUCAAAGUGUGCGAGGUGGAGCGCACGGGGCGGCGGUCGGUGACGUCGCUGAGCGGGCUGCGGCGCGACUCGGAGGUGAUGUACGUGGGCACGUUCGCGCGCGCCGGCCCGCCGCCGCGCGCCAACCUCGCCGACGUGUUCGCUGCCGCCGACCAGCCCGCCCGCGCCGCGCUCACCAGAUCAGCAAGUCAGCCAGACUUUCUAGCAGCACAGGCCGAAGACAGCGGAAUAGGCCAGGAGGUGCUGCUCCAAGAACCCGCCAGUAUAUUCGACAGACCCGGCUUCGGCAGCGUGGCGUUCAGACGUUCGAUCACGGCAACACUGAGCGCAUUACCGAUUGGUGCACCGAGCGAGGAGCUGUCGAUCGGCUCCGCGGGCUCUUUAGCGCGUCACGCGUACCAACCCGCAGAAUGGAACUCCGCGCACUCCGGAAGCUCAACAAUAACAUCGGACGAGGAAGGUGAGGUGGAAGAGUCAGGAUACGCGUCACUUGAGCGGUUCCUCAUAGCGUGGGGACUCUCUCAAUAUGUGCAGAAGUUUAAAGACGAACAGAUUGACCUGGACGCUCUCAUGCUACUAACCGAGAGCGACAUGAAAUCAUUAGGACUUCCUCUGGGACCGUACAGAAAAUUAGUGACAGCGGUACAAGAGAGGAAGCAGGCAUUCUCCCACCCCGGACCAAUUAUAGACACAGCCAUAUAG